AUGGCGCAGAUGCUCGCACCGUACAACAAUGCCAUGCGGCUUGGGCAAGGCUUCAACUCGUAUACCCAGCAGAUUUGCCUUGAUCGCGCUGUUUUGCCCGACCCUAAGCAGGCCAAUUCUACGCCUAAGAAGAAAGUGGUUAAACCGAAGAACACAAUAUUUGUUGGUUCACAACAACAAGAACAACAACCAAGCCAAGAUGUCACAUCAAUACCAUCUUCGACUGAUGGCAUGAACGAUGAGGCCCCCAGUGAGCAGAACGCCAAGCCCUCAAAUGAGCAGCAGGCGGUUUCAUCUGAGGUUUCAGAAGCUCAACAGGCUAUGAGCUCCUCUUCUGAUGACGACACUACCAGAGAGGAGGCAUUUGAAGUUCAUCCAUGGGUCAAACCCCAGAUCGUAACCUACUCUUCGCGCUUUGUGGAUAAGCUCAGCGACGUUACUGAUGCCAUGAACAUAUCUGGGUCGCUCUCUAUAAAGACUAGUACAAUCGGAGGAAAAGCAAGCGGCUCGUAUGUUGAUAGUGACAAGUUCAAAUCGAGUGACAUCAACUUUCAUCUUCAAGUUCGUGUUACGAAUCAAAUCCACGAUGCAAAGGACUACUGCAUUUUUAACAAGCUUGAGUCCGUGAAAGAUGACAGAUUUGCGGAGGUUUACGGUGACUCUUUUAUUUCGGGGUGGGAAGAAGGUGGUGAACUUAACGCCAUUGUAUCAGUAAAGGUACUCGACAAGUCGAAAAUCUUUCAAGUGAAAGCUGGUAUCGAGGCCGAAAUGACGACGCCUUCAAUCGCUGGAAAGGUCAAAGCAGAUGUUGAUAUCAAAAAGAACAAUCUCAGUAAGCAAACAGAAACAACAGUGGCCGUGAAUUGGUCAGGCGGGGGUUCUAUCAAGAACCCGCUUGAGGACUGGACCAUAGACAGCCUGAAGAAGGCUGCAGCCGCAUUUCCAGACCUCGUGGCCAUCACACCUCAGAGAACAUAUGCCAUUCUUACAAAGUACACGGCUCUUGAAGAUUUUCACAAGCAGAAUGCGAAGUAUGACGUACUGAGUUACGAGAAUGCUGGCAUCUAUACUGGGUCCCUGCUUGACUCAUUCAUGGACUACAAGAUGCUCUGGAAGCAAAUCUCGAACGCAACGUAUGAGCUGGAAGGCAAUCGAGCGACUAUUGAUAUGGGUGAGGUCACGCAUGAGAUGGCUCGUCUCGCGACGAUUAACAACUAUCCAAUGCCUGAUGCCUAUGGCAAGAAGUCUUCGGCGCUUUCUAUAACAGAAGCCACUACACAACAGCAUACUAAUGCAUCAAGUGACUCUACGGUAGCCGCAGGUGGUACUGACCCCACAACCACAACGUUCAAAGCUUUUCAGGCUUCAUUCGCUGGCUUGAUUGAGGCUAAGAGGACAUGUCGCUCUGAGAUGGCCAAGAUAGUCAGAGAGGUUGAUCUCGUGGCCAAGAACCCUCUUCUUGCCACAGACGGAGCAAGGGACUCAUUCUUUCUCAAUCCCCUUGUCUUCAAGCAGCUCCUACCGAUCGUACGAUCAUUGUCUCCUGAGAACGCUAUUCUCGGCGUGAGAGACCCCACAGCGGCACUUCUACUUGGAUACCAUCACCAAAAGCCUGACGUGCGAUCCUCUGCACCUGUCUAUAAAUUGGACAAGCCACUCAAGGAGCAUUGUGCCAUCUUAUUGAGAUCCAUCGAGUCGGUAUCUUACAAAUCACUCAAUUAUCGAGUGGAAGGGUGCAUUGGACCAAUCUCAAAUGACAGCAUUCACUCGCAAGCAGAAGUCUUCAACGACUUAUCGGCAUUGGACCAGACCUAUCGCCUCACCAGGAUAUAUAUAUGGUCAAAGGAAGAACAUCUUGAGGGCGUCGAAUUGGGAUAUGCAUCUGGGAUCACAAUUUCGCAUGGAAAAUGUGAAGGUGAUAAAACUCACCAGCUGCACCUGAAAGCCGACGGAUCCGAAGUUGUUGUUGAAGUAGUUGUACGUGAGGCCACGUCGACAGCUACUGGAAGCAGCUCCCCUCAGCGGUACCUACACUCAAUCGCGUUUGCAACAUCUUUGAACCAGACUAUCGAUUCGGCUGUGCUGGCUAAUAGUGAACAUGAAGCUUCAGAUACCACCUCGACGGAGAACAACGAUGCUCCUGAUGUCCAGGUGUCAAAGCCUCAAGUUAAGAUUUCAUCAGUAACUUGGCUCAAACCCGACGACACAAGAUCUUCCCUUCGCGGCCUAUUUGGCAUUCAGUACAGAAAUCAGAUUUCUACUCUUGGUGUGAUCUGGGGUAAAGAUGGGUUUGUUCCUGUUCCGCCUGCAAGGAUCCAGCCGUCGAUCUGCAAGACUUUUCUUGGUCUAUCUAAAAGCAUGCAACACGCCAUCCAGCAGCUUCCGCAUGGCUUCGCUGGUACUUUUCUCAUGGGCAGUAAUACCUCUAUCCGUAAAGCUUUCACGGCGUCGCACAAACCAUUUAAUAGCCUGAACGAUAUCGACCUCAACUGGGAGAUCAAGGGCCUUGGUUUCGCGACCAAUAACAAGGACAAACUAGGUGGUCUUUGUGGCCUAAAGGUGACUUAUCGAAAUGGACAUGAGUUUACUUACGGUCACUACGCAGAAGAUGCGGUCGCUUGGGAGACGAAUGUGCACCCCUUACUCUCCAUCGCGCGGGUCACCGCAGGACGUCUACGUGCAGAACAACCGACCUAUAUUGACACGGUCGAAUUUGUAUCUGGAGAGGAAAACUCCGAGAGCUUGUUGCCCGCUUGGCCGCGGGACCUGAAAUCCGAUCGCUUCCUAGGCGUGGACGAGAAUGUCACUUUGGACAUGAGCGAGUUUGUGGAACAGGCGCCGACUAACAGUGUUGGUGGUAGCCACUCCAAAUGGUCAAUGAGGGGGUUUUAUGGAGAGUACAGCGAGGACGAGCAAUUGAUCACACAACUGGGUAUUGUUUGGGGAAGAGGUUGA